AUGUCUGAACAGAACAUGAAAAACAUAACCCUGGAAGAAACGUUAAAAACUGAUAGAGAAAAUGCUACCAUCCCUGCACCGCUGGUUAAAGAUAAAGCUACGGCCAUAUUUUGGUGUUCUUUCUUCAUUCUUGAAGCCCUUGUGAUAAUAAUCGGGAACCUCCUCACAACCGCUGUGUUUCUCCGGACCAGAAAACUUUGCAAGCGACGAUACUAUCUAAUGAUCAACCUGGCCAUUUCUGACACUUUAGUCGGUGCUUUGGCCAUACCGAUGUUCGUUGUGGCUUAUGGCGAGUCUCGGCAACUAUGGAGUAUAAAUCCUCUGAGAUCCGUCCCUGUUGAAGUCAAUAUGUUUUUCGACAUGUUCGCAGGCUUUGGCUCUAUUGCGUUUCUUUCGAUGAUUGCACUGGAGCGACUCUACGCGACGUUGCGACCGUUCAGCUACCGCUCCCUCAAGUCAGGCUGGUACUUUCUCUUCACCGCUAUCGCUUGGAUAACCGCGGGCUCCAUCCCUACUCUUCAUAUAGCAGCCAUAAAUUUUCCCACAGCCUUCCACUCCUCAACUCCAAAGGCUUUCGUUAUCUCAAUGUGGGUCCCAUUCCUCUCCGCGCUGCUGCUUCUGAUCUGCGCUUCAUACGUUGUCAUCUGGAGGAAAGUGCGAGACAUCCGCAAAAGUGUCGAGAAGGAAUCUUCCCUAUCCCACAUUUGCCUUCUCAUCACAGCUGUUUCCCUGGUGGCCUGGCUCCCCUUUGUCAUUGCUAAUUUGGUAUUUAGUAUGCAGCCAGUGAACUUUACAUCCUUCAUGAAGCUGUUUUAUGCAACCAAGUUUCUCCACUUCGCCAAUUCUUUUUUAAAUCCCGUGUUAUACAUACUCAAAAUCCCUGAGUUUAAGGAAGGCCUGUCAAAUCUGUGCCGCAAGAAACGUCCCAUACCGGCAUGUGACUUAAGAUCUCCUUCAUCCAGGUCAAUGAUGUCAUUGAAAUGA